AUUCGUUUGGUUGCUUCACUUGAUUGCAUAAGGUGGCUAGUAGUGAAUGGAUUAUCAUUUCGAGGGCAUGAUGAAUCUGCAACUUCAAGUAACAGAGGUAACUUUCUUCAGCUAUUAGAUUUCCAUGCUCUUGGUAGAGAAGAUGUGCAAAGAGUGGUUGGGAGGAAUGCUCCAAAGAAUCUCCAACUCACCUCUCCAAAGAUUCAAAGAGAUCUUAUUCAUGCCAUGGCUUGUGAAAUGACUAAGAAAAUCAUUGCAGAGAUUGGGAAUAAUUUUUUCUGCAUAUUGGUUGAUGAGACUCGUGAUAUAUCAAUGAAAGAGCAGAUGGCUAUUGUUUUGCGUUAUGUGAAUUCUGAUGGUUGUGUUAUGGAAAGAUUUCUUUGUACUUCUCAUGUGCAAAAUACUAAAGCUUUGACAUUGAAGAAGGAAAUCGAAGCAAUGCUUUUGAAACAUGGAUUAAGCAUGUCAAUGAUAAGGGGACAAGGCUAUGAUGGAGCUAGCAACAUGAAAGGGGAAAUAAAUGGUUUGAAGACCUUGAUCUUGGCUGAAAAUUCUUCGGCAUAUUACAUUCACUGCUUUGCUCAUCAACUUCAAUUAGCACUUGUUGCUGUAGCAGAAAAUCACAAAGAAGUUGGUGACUUUUUCACAACAGUCAAUAGUGUGACUAGUUUGGUUGCAGGAUCUUGCAAACGAGCUGACAUGGUUCGAGAUAGCCAAACUAGGAAGCUUGCGGAGGCUAUAGCUGCUAAUGAACAAGAAACUGGACAAGGACUGAAUCAAGAAAUGAGUCUCAAAAGGCCAGGUGAUACUCGUUGGGGUUCUUAUUAUGGUGCACUUCUCAAUUUUGAGCACUUGUUCUCUACUAUUAUUAAUGUGUUGGAGAGAAUCGAGGAUGAUCCAAGUACAGAACCAAAAACAGCGAGUCAUGCAUGGCGGAUGUUGAUUACAAUUCAAGAUUUCAGGUUUGUCUUCAUUUUGAAGUUGAUGAUUGAAGUGUUAGCAAUUACGAAUGAGUUGUCACUAGCAUUGCAAAGGAGAGAUCAAGACAUUGUAAAUGCUAUGAAACUUGUUCGUGUGGGAAAAACUAGAUUACAAGAGAUGAGAGAUCGAGGAUGGGAGUCUCUACUUGAGGAUGUUAUCUUGUUUUGCACUAAGGAAUCUGUUCACGUUCUUGGCAUGGAUGAUGAGUAUGUUCUUCCAGGAAGGUCAAGGCGCAAGGCUCCACAGAUCACAAACUUGCAUCACUAUCAGGUUGAAUUGUAUUACUCUGUUCUUGAUAUGCAGCUGCAAGAGUUGAACAACCGUUUUGAUGAGGUGAAUACUAGGUUGUUGACUUGUAUGGCUUCUCUUAGCCCGGAGAAUGAGUUUGCUGCUUUUGACAGGGAGAAGCUGGUUAGUCUUACUCGAUUUUAUCCUACAGAGUUUGGUCAUCUUUCUGACUCUUUUCUUCUAAGGGACUUUGAGAAUUACUAUCAUUCUGUGAAGAAUGAUGAGUUAUUCCAUGGAUUAAAAGGAAUUGAUGAAUUGUGUCAGCUGAUGGUGAAGACAAAAGUGAAUCUAUCAUAUCCAUGGGUAUAUUUGCUUCUCAAAGUUGUAUUGACUUUACCGGUUGCAACUGCAAGUGUUGAAAGAGCAUUCUCAAAGUUGUAUUGA